GUUACUUUCCAUUGACAUUGUCAGCUUCAGAAACAAUGGUCAAAACAGAUGUACAAGGAAUAUCAGCAGGUGAUAUCAAAAACAAACACAAAAGAGAGGAUAUAUACCACAGACAGAAAGCCGAGAAGGCAAAAGCCAAACGAGAAAGAAGACUGCAGAUAAAGAAAGAAGAGGAUAAGAAUCCAGAACUGAAAGAGACUCGUCUGAAGAACAAUGUUCCGAAGACUAUUGAUAAUACUCGAGAGAAAGAAGAUACCUUUGUUGAGGACGAUGAGGAAGUUGCUCAAGAGGAAGCCACUGACGAGUUCGCUCAAUACUUUAGCGGCCAAACUCCAAAGAUCUUGAUUACAACUUCCAAGCGAGCAACACCGGCAUGCUACGACUUCUGCGCUGAAGUCAUGUCGAUAUUUCCUAAUGCACAAUUCGUCAAGAGAGGAGAAAAACAUGAAAUGCGAAAGAUCAUCCAGUUUGCAAAGAACAGAGAGUUCACGGAUAUGAUGAUUGUCAACGAAGACAACAAAACACCCAAUGCCAUUACACUGGUCCAUUUACCUGACGGACCCACCGCUUACUUCAAGCUCACUAGCAUUACUCCCGCUGACAAGAUCUCGGGACAUGGUCGACCAACAGCUCAUCAGCCAGAAAUCAUUCUUAAUAACUUUAAUACUAGACUCGGUCAUACUGUCGGUAGAAUGUUCUCAGCCUUGUUCCCUCAACUCCCAGAAUUCGAAGGUCGACAGGUUGUCACAUUCCAUAAUCAGCGAGAUUUCAUCUUUGUGCGGCGGCAUCGAUAUGUGUUCAAGGACACAGAAAGGGUCGGUCUUCAAGAACUUGGUCCCAAAUUUACACUGAAGCUGAAGUGGCUGCAAAAGGGUACUUACGAUCGAAACGGAGAGUACGAAUGGAUAUUUAAACAAGAGAUGGAAACCAGUAGAAGAAAAUUUUUCUUGUAGUGUACAAACUUGGGUUCAUGAAAUACAUAAUAGCAUUUUUCUCAUAUUGGCCGCUAUCAUAGUUCGCACUUGGUUGCUUGGAUGGGCUCAAAACCUGGCUUAUACAGUAUGAAUGAGCAAAUUAAGUAUCGGCCAAUAAAUUUUCCAUCCUCC